CGCGGUCAGAGGGCAAGAUUACGUCAUCGCGGGGGCUCCGUGCUGCGUUCACGUCCAUCGGAAACAUCUUAUUCAUCGUCACAACUACACUGAGUAAGCAAGAAAAUGCGGUGAAAGGUGAAAUAAAUGAAAUACGUUUGUUGUUUACUUGUUUUAUUCGUUUCUGGUCGUUGCAUCUUAAACAUAUAAUUACUUUGACUCCAAAAGGUGUUUAGAGCAUAUUUUUUUGACAGCUGUACUAAAUAUAUUGCAUAUUAGGACAUUCAGCUUUAAAAUGGUGCGUGUUAGUGAUAUUAAUCAUAUUAUAUUAUUCACACAACAAUAAACUAUACUUAAUAGGGUUCAUUAUGAGUAACCUUUGACACCUUGGCGGCUUCAUGUCUCGUGUCAAAGUAACCUAAACCCAUAACCUCACAAAUAUCUCCUCUCCAUCCCUCACACAUUUAGUGCUAAACACACUUUUUAGUCGGAAGUCUCGACGGCGAGCAAGCACCUGAACGCGGCAUCUCGACCCGAGGCGCGCUCCCGUCUUUACGUGCCUACUCCCCCUCCCGGUACGUGCGCGUGCCCCUGCAUCGCGUGGUGGGGAUCAUCCAUAUUGCAGCUAGCGGCGGAGAUACCGUUGUAAUCCUGCGAGGCCCCGCGACGCGUUCUUCUUUGUUUCCCAACGCGGUUUACUUCGUCGCCGUCUCCCGCCGCAGGUCUCUCGGUCCGGGCGGCGAACCCCCGCGGAAACUACGCCGCGUUUCCGUGAAAUUGAAGGCGAAGUCGGGCCCGGUGGAAGGUGGUGGUGGUGGAGGAGAAGGGGGGAGGGGGUGGGGUUGUGUGUGAGCGUGUGGAGGACUGGUAAUCCUGAAGGGGGAAGAAAGACGGCGGUGGGAAAUGGCCACUCAGGUGGGAGGCUCUCCUGCCCGGCAACCCGCUGGCGAAGAAGGCUGAGGAGGAGGAAGAGGAGGAAGACGAGGGGGGGCCCGAGCGGCGGGCGCCCGGUGUCGCCGAGCCGGGGAGCGGCGGCGGCGGCGGCAGCCCCGGGCUGGGAGGGACCCCCGAACCGGAGGAACGGACCUCCAACCGGGGGGAGGAGGAGGAGGACGACAACGGCGGAAAAAGCCGAAAGGAGUUCACCGAAGCCCCCCCGCCCAAGGUGAACCCGUGGACCAAGAAGAUGAACGCGGUCACCGUGGUCAGCGUCAACGGGCAAGCACACCACG